CAGCAGCAUGGUGAAGGAGAACCCAGCGUGGAUUAACAACAACAACCACUCUCUCUGGAUUUAAACGGUUAUUUGUAUUUAACUGCCACCUUUCGUUUGAGGUCUGACCAUCUUUAACCCCGAUUAGUCGGCGUAAAGCGGCAGAGAUCCCGUUACAAGAUGCCUCCUCGGAAGAAGAAGUCGUUCAUCGAAAAGAAGAAGGCCGUGACCUUUCACCUCGUCCACAGGAGUCAGAAGGACCCGCUGGUCGCCGAUGAGAACGCCCCCCAGCACGUCCUCCUGGCCGCCACCAAGGACACGGAAAAGAGGCAAGAGGAGCUGAGGGAGUUCGGCGUUUUCUUCGACGACGACUACAACUACCUGCAGCACCUGAAGGAGGCCGUGGUUACGGUCGAGCUGGUGGCGGCGCCGCCGGCACACGGCGAAGGGCGAGCGGUUCAUCGCCGCGAUGGAGACGCAGAGGAGGGCAACAAGGCCGUUCCUACCGCCAACAUCAACCUGCCUUCCUCGGUGUUCGCCUCAGAGUUUGAAGAGGAGGUGGGACUUCUGAACAAAGCUGCUCCUAUCUCAGGACCUCGGCUGGACAUGGACCCCGACAUCGUGGCCGCCCUCGACGAAGACUUCGACUUCAGCGACCCCGACAACCUGCUCGACGACGACUUCAUCGCCAAGGCGAACACGGCGGGCGGCGCGGGGGGUGACGGUGAUGAUGAUGAUGAUGAUGAGUGGGAGGACACAGAUGAGGAGGGGGGCUUCGGCUCUGAGGGGGGGCUGUCGGGCGACGCGGCUCGAGAGUUCAUGUUCAUGGACGAGGAGACGAAGACUCGCUUCACGGAGUACUCGAUGACAUCAUCCGUCAUGAGGAGGAACGAGCAGCUCACCCUGCUGGACGACCGCUUCGAGAAGUUCUACGAGCAGUUCGAUGAAGAUGAGAUCGGCGCUCUGGACAACGCGGAGUUGGAGGGAUUCAUCCAGCCGGACAGCGCCCGCCUGGAGGAAGUCAUCAAGGACUACUUCCUCCAGAAGGGGAAAGAAUCCUUGAGGCCCGACGACUUGGGUCCAAAGGAACUCCCUGUCCUGAAGGAGGAGGACGAAGACGACGAUGAGGAGGAGGAGAUGGAGACACUUGUGAUCAAGGCUCCUCGGGAGAAGUGGGACUGUGAGACCAUCGUCAGUACGUAUUCCAACAUCUACAACAAACCCAAAGUCAUUCAAGAACCAACAAAGACGAAGCCGAUCCGGGUGUCCCAGAAGACGGGCAUCCCUCUGGGCGUCCUGCCCCCCAAAGGCCUCACGGCCAAGCAGGCGGAGCGCAUGACGAUGAUCAACGACCUGGACCUGCCGCGCGCCUCCACGCAGCAGCGCGACAAGGAGGAGAGCCCCGAGGAGAGGAAGGCCAGGAAACGAGCCAUCAAGGAGGAGCGCACGGAGCGCCGCGUGGAGAAGAAAGCCAACAAGAUGGCGUUCAAGGAGGAGAAGGUCCGCCAGGAGAAGCAGAUGGUGAACCUGAGGAUCAACGUCCAGGGCAUGAAGCUGUAGGGGAGCGGCGCCCCCUAGAGGCCUCAGACAGACCGCGUUGUUCCCUCCAGGCCACCAGGGGGUGAAGUUCCUUUGACUCGGCUUCAGAUUUAUAUUAAGAGAAGAAGAAGAGCCAAAAGGGGGAACACUUCUUCAUGCUCCUGCCGGUUGAAACUGGAGUUGUUCCGAUACCAGAAUCAAGAGACUCUCGUACGUAAACAACAACACCUUUGGACACAGCCACACGUAAACAACACACCUGUGGCGAGGUCGCAGCCGGUGAACGCCGCCGUGGGUUUCGCCGUCGCGACGCUUUCUUUGCUCGUUAAAAAUAAUAAUUGAGGCGAAUUCGUGAUGUGUGUGUGUGAAAUUGAGUUUGUUAAUAAAGAGAAUGAAGACUUGUUUACAUUUA